AAUGAAGUGUUUUCCUGUUUCCACAGGAGCUGUUGAUGAAGAACCCGCUCCACAGGAAGAAGCUGCAGUUAGCCACCAAGACGUUCAGCAGCAAACAGCCCGAGAAGUCGGCAGAGCUCGAUUACAUCUGGGUCACUCGUUGGCUCGACGACAUUGGUCUGCCUCAGUACAAAGACCAGUUCAACGAAGGAAGAGUUGACGGAAAGAUGCUGCAGUACCUCACUGUGAACGACUUAUUAUUCCUCAAAGUGACGAGUCAGCUCCACCACCUCAGCAUCAAAUGUGCCAUUCACGUCCUCCACGUCAACAAGUUCAACCCGUACUGCCUCAAACGCCGGCCCGGCACUGAGAGCCAGUUCUCUCCCAGUGAAGUGGUCCAGUGGUCCAACCACCGGGUCAUGGAGUGGCUGAGGUCUGUGGACCUAGCAGAAUACGCACCAAACCUGAGGGGCAGCGGCGUGCACGGAGGCCUGAUCAUCCUGGAGCCUCGCUUUAACUCGGACUCGCUGGCCAUGCUGCUGAACAUCCCUCCUCAGAAGACCCUGCUGAGACGCCACCUGACCACCAACUUCGACAGUCUGGUGGGAGCACAGGCCCAGCAGGAGAAGAGGGAGUACACCGAGGCGGCGGGCUACGCCCCGCUCAGCAUCACGGCUAAAGUCAAGCCAAAGAAGUUGGGAUUCUCCAACUUGGCGACUCACCUCAGGAGAAGACGUCAGGACGAGUCCACGGAUUACGUCUGUCCCAUCGAGGCGGGGCAGGCUGCGGUGAACGGGGCCGAGAUGCGUCCUUACGCCGCCCUCGGGGGCCUCAGCCCGAUCCUGGACAGAGAGCCCGACCCGUGCGGGGAGCAGGUGGGCCUCGGCGAUGGCAGGGCAGACCCGUCUCCAUGACGACGACACCUGUGACGCCAACAUGGACGACAGUGUUGUCACACUUUCAGUCAAACGGCUACUACUCUGCUUCCUUUACGCUUGCGGCCCGUAAUACCUCAGCCCAUGCCACGCCCCUCCCCCUCUAAACCCCACCCCCUCACUCCGAGCCCUGUGCCUUAUCCUGUGACGGCUUCACAGUCUCAGUCACUGACCCCCUAAACCCUAAACCCAGCACAUUUUCUUUAAGUUUUCUGAUGACUUCAUUCCCACUCAGAUGUCUCACUAACCCCCGACCUCAGCCUCAAACCUGUGCCAUGAUCGAACUCAUCAGGAGAGGACGCCUCUCUCUGGACGCUGUAACCCACACAUGCAGACCAUUGUUGUACAGUAUUAAAGUGACAGUUUGUUUGUUUUUUUGUUUUGUAAAUGUGGUUGUGUGAGGAUUCUUAAAUACAGCUGACGAGACUCUGCACGCUCCCUGUGCCAGAGGUGUUUUUAAUAUCUAGCAGUUUGUAAUCGGCUUGGUCACUCACACCAACGUCCAUAGAGAAAAUCAGCGAUUUAAGCUUGCAGGAACAACUGCUGCCUCGCUCGGUACAUUUUUGUCGCUAAGGUAAAUCUGAACUAGGGAUUUCAAAGGCUGAAGUCGUAAAAUAAUGCAUUUAAACUCUGUGUUCGGGGCAGCAGUGACCUGAGAACGACUGAGUGCCUUGGUGUAAAAAACACUGACUUUCUCUAUGUUAACAAACUUUAAUAUCUUGUCAGGAAAAGACUGUAAAAAAGCAGCAAAUGUUAUAUUAAGAUUGCGUACUCUUAACCUGACUUGGCUCUUGUUAGUGGCUAAAAUCAUUCCUGACUUUCCUUCAGCACACAAAGCAAACGAUUACCUCAUACAACCACACUUAUAAAAAAACUGAGCUCUCUCUUUAAACCCGGGUGGGGGGCUCACUCCAAUGACCUAGGGACCACUGAGUGUCUAGGUUGGUCAGUAAGGGACCGGUGGAGUGGAGAAAAAAGUGGAAAAUAACCAAUAUUUAUGAUGAUAUUUGACAUAAUUUCAAAAUAAAAGUUUUUAAAAAUAAAUAGCUGACAAUAUAAAAUUAUUUAUGAUACAAAAUUGAUCUGAGUUUGAGACCUCUGCGUUAACACAGGUGUGUCACAUGGCUGAAAUAUUAACCUGUGCAAUAUUUGCAUAACGGAGAGGAUAAUUGAAUAUAUUUAUAUGUUACUGCAGAUUUAAUCAUGGGGCAGCAUGUGUGUUGUUUAAAACCUGAGGUGGUGAUUAUUAUUAUUUUGUACUGAUAUUUUCACAUUUGUCUGUAAUAGUAUUUUUAUAGCAAAAGAAAAUCCUGCUCCGCUCAACGAAACGUGUGCUCGUGUAAAUAAUGACAAAAUCAUUUAAUAAACAGAAAUAUACGUGUGUUAA